GUGGGUAUGGUUGUUUUCUGUUAGCAACGUGUCCCUUUAUAAUGUCUUACUUUCUUUUCUCCUCGCACUGACGGAUGUGGCGAAGAGGAACCGCUGUCUCUGUUUUCAUAGCUGUGUGUGCUUAUUACGCCAGCUUUUACUACGAGCCGAGAGCAGUAGAAGACAGGUCGGUUUGAGCCCCACUCCCGUUACUUCUACGUUACUUUAUGCUGUGCACAAGGUUCAUUAUUAGAAGAAUGUCCUCCACUCUUCCCCGUCACGUCAUCUGGGAGUCAGAGGGGCUGGUGGCCUACCUUCACCCCCGGCCCUGGACCCCAGGCUCUGUCAUCCUGGAGCGCAGCACCCCUGGCAGCCUGGGAGGCAGCGUCUUCCAUCUGGAGAAGCGUGAGUUUUUACCCUGGCUGUUGGGGGCGAGAGCCGUUGCAGAGCUGCUGUGUGACAGGCUGGCAGUUCGGAGGUGUGCGCUGAUCAGCAGACCCCACCGAGACCGACCUGCGCAGAUCUGUGUCCUUCCUCUACACGGUCUGGAUGCAGAGUGGCGCCCUCACCUGGCAGGAGAAGAGGAGCACAACGCCCACGACCCGGGGUACUGCACCUCCAAGACCGCUCCCAGAUGGAGUGAAUCCAGCCUGACUGAAAUCCAGGCCAAGAUUCGGGCCAAGCUCCCGUUGCCUGACGCCCCACCCAAUCUGACUUUCCUUGGGGACGAUCCGGCUCACCCUGGCCUGUUUUCGCGCAUCGUUCGCGGGGAGGAGCAGCAGUGGAGGGUGUGGGAUGACGGGGAUCACGUGGCCUUUCUCACUCCUUUCCCCAACUCCCCUGGAUUUACUGUGCUGGUCCCACGGCGACCUUUGACCUCUGAUAUAUUCCAACUAGAAAAAGGGGACUAUGAGGGACUGGUGCUGGCAACCUGGGAGGUGUCGAGGCUUCUUGAGGAGGGGUUGGGUGCCUGGGGGGUGGGGCUCAUUUUUGAGGGUUUUGAGAUUGACUACGCUCACGCCAAGUUGAUACCACUGUUCCUACCUUCAUCAUCAGGGACAGGAGACACAGCGAAACCACCACCUCCCCAGUUUUACCCCACGUAUCCUGGAUAUGUGACCUCAGAGGACGGACCUGAGGCCAGCCUGGAAAGUCUGACGGAGCUACACAUCAAAAUUACUCAGACUUAGUGCUGUUAUCUGUAGUUUGAGUCCUUAAACUCCUAAAAGUUACUUCUAGCUGUGAAAGGAAUUCCUUUCUGCCUUAUUCAUUAACAAGGAGUGUAUAAAAUAACAGAAUAACAGAAGCACCUUAAUUUCCUGCUGCAAAUGAAUUCCACAAAGACUAAUAACCUGUUUCACUUUGUCAUUGCCAUCAUUUUUACUGUCAGCCUCAUUAAUGUACCCUAGUCUUAUCUUUGGCUAAUCACGACGGGACAGAGCUGCUGCUUUGCACCAGCAAGUAUAUAAGCUGGCUUCAAAGUAUUAAAGACAUUAGAUUACAUUAAAUGAACAAUCAAUUCAUUGAUUGAAUUGAAUUGAAUUGAAUAGAUAUCCAAAAUAGACAAAUUUCAGAUUUGAUUAAGUAAACCAACUUUAAAAAGAUUUAAUGAUGGCGAGGCUGCAUAACUUCCAAAUUAGUUUAGCUCUAAAGUUGGUUAACAUUGUGACAUGUGCCUCUGUCAAUAAUGUAGGAAUAACAAGUUGAGAAGUCGCAAGUGUAAUGAACUGAUUGAAACAAAAUGUAAAACAUUUAAAGUGUGGUACAGCUGAUGUUUUGUUGUGUUGAAGUUGUUUUUUUUAUUAAUUCAUAAAAGUAUCUGUUAAUUAUUUAAUUCUGCACUUCACGUUCUUUAACCCAUGUACUGUAAAAUGACAAACAAACACUGAAAGGCACAUUCAAUUUAUUAAGUUUUGAUGAAAAUAAAGACCUGUUCAUCUCACUGGUCAUCAUAAA